AUGAGAGCACAGUCAAGGCCGACACGACCAGCAUCGCCAUGGCAGCAGUGCCGGGCUGCCUCAAUCAUCCAAGUGUCUGGGAACCAGGUCGUGGUAGACAAAUGGGAAGCGGGUGCCUCAGGAAUAAACACUGGGUCUGUCAAGUGGUUCGAUCUUUAUCACGGCUUGACUAUGGUUUGGGGCUUCUCUGCGAAGUUCAGGUCUGCAAUUGUUUGUGCAUUAAAAGUCACAUAA